GGCGGUCUGUGCAUCGUGCAUCGGCCAGCAACAAGUGCACGUGUGAUUAUGUAAGAGAUACAAGGGCCACGAACCAACCUAACUCUCGACCGACAGAGUCUUGUGACCUGCAGAUGCGGCUAUUGGACAGCAACCGCGUCGCAACAAGUUCCGUUCAACAAAGCGACCACCGAGACUCCAUGUAGCAAAACCUGCGAUCCAUAUGCCGUCCCAAAGAUGACAUACCGGGGCUCACUGCCUUCGGGGCAGGCCUUCAACGGCCAGCAGCAAGUUCCCCAACCGUACCACAACCCCUACGGUAGCGGCAAUGGGAACGGCAGCGACAAUAGUCAGAACCCAACCUACGCGAAUGCUCCAUAUGGCGGCCACGAGCAGGCGCAACCCGUUCACGGGAACUAUCAUCACUCGCCGGCACCGGCACUUGCCCCUAUUCUUCCUGCUCCUACGCCCAUGAAUAUGCAGGCCAACGGUUAUGGCCAAUUUCCUGCCUAUGGCAGCACGUUUUCGCAACAGCAGCAGCAGCACCCACAUCCGCAACAGCAGCAGCAACCGCAACCGCAACCGCAUUACCCCCACCAUCACCAGACGCAACAACCGUUUGUUCACAACAGUGCGGUGAAUGUUCAGUUUGCGCCUCCUCACUCGUUUCCCCAGAACACGCAUGUCUCGCGAUCUCCCGCGCUCGCGUCUGCGUCUACCCCGACCCCAACGGCGCCCGUAUACGCCGAAUACCAGCCGACAACGCAGUUGCAACACCAACCACAAUUCCAACCACACUACCAGCAACUGCCGCUGCCUCCCCCUCAGCCUCCUGCUCAACCGCAGCAGCAGCAGCACCAACCGCAACAGCAGCACAAAUCUCAGCAGCAGCAGCAGCAACGCAGCCCGCAAGUCUUCCCGGCAGUACCUCAGUAUGCUCAGUUUUCUCAACCGACCAUGGGCCAAACUCAGAGUGUACCGGUUCUAAACCAAACCUUCACCGAACCUCCCCAAGUUCAACCGAGUCCCGAACCCAACUUCGCCAACUCGCCAACUGUACAACCCGCUCGGUCUCCCAGCAUAGCUCGGAAGUCGCCGGCGAUAUCUUCGAUGAACUCCCCUGCAAUAUCUUCUAGGGGCUCUCCGGCCUUGUCGUCGAAAGCGAGGUCGUACGACACGACCACGAUUCUGAUACAUGUGGCGGAAGAGUGUUUCGAGAAGGCCCGCCGUGGUGUACAGAGAGUCGCGGUAUCGGGCUCAGACGACCAGUUGCGCGAGUAUCAAAAACUGAUUACAACCGGACUAGCUUGUCUCGAGGCCGCCUUCCAGAGCAACAGACUGUCUCCAAGGCAGGAGGCGAAAGCGAGGCUCAGAUAUGCUUCUAUCUUAUGCGACGAGACGGAGAACCUGCAAGAAGCGGAAACGGCCUUGAGUAAGGGCAUAACCAUAUGUGACAAGCAUAGAUACACGGACCUCAAAUACUGCAUGCAGUAUCUUCUACUGAAGGUACUGUUUCAGCGUAACCAAAAGGCGGCCUUCAUUGCUGUCGACAAGAAUAUCUCGGACUGUUUGACUUUCAAACACAUUCACUGGGUUUACGCUUUUCGUUUGUUGAAGGCCACACUCCAUGUCCAUGCGGGUAGUCCGCCUGAUGCCGCAGUUUUGGACAACUUGCGAGCGGUUGCUGCACUUGCUGGCGAACGAGGCGAUCACGCCAUGGUUGUCUUUGCUUCUCUUAUGGAAGGCUUAUCUGUUCUGAGAACCAUGCGCACUGACACUAUUGAACGUGUGCAAACCUGUUUGGCUCAGGCUACGAAGUACCAAUUGGACCCGUCAGUACAAAUACCGCAGUUGGACGUCCUGACACUCCUACUCGAUCUUGCUUGCAGUAUGCAUCAGAAGACGCCCGACAUACUAAUCCACAAAUUGCGAUCACUGCAAGCGAAGCUGGAUGCGAACCUGGGGUCUCAGACCUGGACCGACUUGAACCCGGAGAUAUUGAUCCCCAUAAAAAAACACAACGCUACUUCCGCGACUCUAAGCGCUGACACCUCCGCGAUUCUCCGGGCUGGGUCCUCGAACGGCCAACAUGAUUACAUCGUAAUGACUUUCCUGAACAGACUCGAGAUCGUUGUCUUAACGUAUACUUUCAGCGGUUUGGCCGGCAUGUAUCGGCCUGGCUCGGAUCCGAAGAGAAGCCAUGAGUUUUGGAAAGAAGGUUUUGAUGUACUGGCGAAGUGGAACAAGGAGAUUGCCCCCAGCGUCCCUGCGGCAUCGCUACGAGAAGCCAUGGAGCAGGCUAAGUGGAGAACCGAGAUAUUCUGUUACCUUCAAACGCUGACGGGAUUGUACUUUGCAACCCACAGCCAAUGGUCGAAAGUCGAACAGUGCGUGGCGCAGCUGCAGCAGGCCAUUACGCCCGCUGUGAACGAGAUAUUCAGCGUGUUCUCACUCUAUCUUUCUGGAGUGUAUCAUCAAGGCACCGGCGACCUCGAAACGGCGCUUAUCUUGUUUGAAGACGAGAGGCUGAGCAUUCACGCAGGCCGCGGAGGGCCAGGUGGCAGAAAGCCUGCCAAGCUGGAGCUCUGCAUUCUUGCCGCUCUGAAUCGUAUUUGGAUUCUCCAAGACUCGUCGUAUCGCGACGAGCUGACAUCCACCGAUCUGUUGGAGCAGUUGCGGCCGAUGUGCACCGAUCACCAAGAUCCAGAUAUCCGAACCGCUUUCAAUCUCGUCCAAGCGACAGCCAGUACUUUGCCCCCUCCGUCGAUGCACCAGAUCAAAACGAGUAUUACGAACUCGUUGAACGGUUCGAAGGUGACGGGCAACACGCACUGUUUGGCGAUCGCUCUCAGUAUUAUGCGAUUUAGACUGUUUGACAACGUGGUUGGCGAGCAGGCGCUCAAGAGUGCAAGGGCAGCCUCGACGCAGGCGAAGCGAAGUGGAAACCUGCUCUGGAUGAGCGUCGCAGACGGCAUGCUAGCCGACUCUUUUGAAGUCCAAGCACUAUUUGCGGACGCAGACUCAGCACGCCAGACCGCCACAGACUAUGCGUCUCACGCAUUUACUGGAAAGGAGUAGGCUCGGAUGAGUGAGGGUCAUGUGUUCACGGCUUUGGGACAGGCGUCUGGUCUUGUACGGUGUUCGGCCUGGCAUAAGUUGGUUGUUUGGGAAAGCAUAAUACCCCCCGAUAUGUACGUCGCGACAUGAGGUGGCGAUGUUGAUCAGGAGAUGAUGGACCCCGAGAUCGGGUCUUUUCAAUUUGUUGUUAAAAGGUAGAGGCUGCACAGAACUGAGAGAUUGCCGCAAUAAAGCGCACUGUGAUCCAUUUGUAGAUUUCCGUCCUCUCUCUCUUUAAUGGACAGCACGCACGCACGGGCACAUGUGGGUCUCUGGCGCGCGUAAUGUGCCGCGUCCCGUCGUUGGUUGCUGCACCUCUUAAAAAAAAUUGCCCAAGC